CGUUAUCGAGAGAGGAACUCUAGCAGCAGCCUCCUCCGGCCCAGUUACUUGUUACAGAGCCAUGUAAUUGUUACCACAGUAAUAUAGAUAACAGAAAAUGUGUUUACGUGAUUAAGUUGAGUGGCUUAUCGGUGCAUUUUGAUAGAAACAAAUUUGAUAUUCUUGUGAAUAGUUGCGACCACGUUAUUUUACAAGAGCUAUCGUGAAUAUUAUUGACGUGGGGUCGGUGAUGAGUCAGUGAAGGUGCAUUAAAUGGAACGUGAGCCUCGACAGAGCUUCGGUCUCAUGACGCGGCCGUCAUGACCUGAUCCCCGACGCAGCAGCAGCCCCUGGUCAUGAACAGCGCGUGUCGUGUCCCUGUUAUGGCGCGGGUGUGAAGAUGUGUUCCUGCCUGUGGGCGGGGCUGGUGGAGGCGGCCCAGUACCUGCUGUGGGAGGCGGCGGCGCUGGUGCGGCCCCCGGCGCACGUGGUGCUGGUAGGCCUCGACUCGUCAGGCAAGACCACGGCGCUGUUCCGACUGCGCUACGGACAGUACGUGAAUGCCGUGCCCACCGUGGGCUUCAACACGGAGAAGGUACGGGCGGGCGGCGCCAACUGGCUCAUCUGGGACGUGGGCGGCGCGGAGCGAGUGCGCCCGCUGUGGCGCUCGUACACUCGGGCCACCGAUGCCCUCAUCUUCGUGGUGGACUCCAGCACCAGCGAGGAGCGGCUGGAGGAGACGCGGGUGGAGCUGCAGCGCCUCACAAAGCAGCAGACGGCGCAGUGCGUGGCGCUGAACCGGCCUCGCCCGCCGCUGCUGGUGCUUGCCAACAAGCAGGACCUGCCGGGGGCGCGGGAGCCGCAGCACCUGGCCAAAGCGAUGGGGCUGCCCGAGCUGCCCGACUCGCAGCCGUGGGCGGUGGCGCCGGCCUGCGCGGUCACCGGCGAAGGCUUGGACGAGGCCAUGGCCACCCUGCAUCAGCUCGUCCUCAAGUCCCGGCAGAGCAGACCGCGGUAGACUCGAGGCGGUCUGUGCGCAGGUCGGGGACCCUCGCCCAGGACAGCAAGGGAAGGUCUUUCGCCGACGGCCGCACGGGUCAGGACGCCCAGCAGGCGCAGGCAGCCGAGGGCAACGCAGGAAAGUGAGAUCACGAUACAACGUAUCUCAGUGUGGCGGCCUGACCCUGUGGCUGCUUCUCAUGGGCAAAAGAUCACAUGAUCUUGCAUAUUGCAACUUCCUGCCAGAAUGCUAGUGGCGUCAUGGUGAAUGCAUCGAUGAAACCACGGUAGUCCUGCAGUGCAAAGGAUCUGCUGACUUGCAUCCUGUCCCGCUCCUGAUAGCCAGGUCCCCAGCAAGCAAAAUAGGACAACUAGAGCUCAGCAGCAGUGACUUUAUCAUUCCCCAGCGAUUCCGGCGGGACAGCAGCGCGCAAACCACACCAUCAGUAGGUCAUCAACACUCAGGGAUGAUGGCAGUACCAAGGCCGCUCCCCUCCGGGGCUCUGGCGUUCCCCAGGGCUCCCUCCUGGUACUCUCGCCUCCGUUAUCUCGAGUUUCGCACUAGAGGAGAUGUCUCCUGGCAGAGAUGCCAAGCGGGACCAUCUCUGUUAAAAGAUGAGAUUUCUUAACAUCGCGCCAGAAGCACUAACGGCUCAAGGUUAACCACCGUAGAGCAGCUGUUGUGCAACCCGUGGCUCCGUGGUAAUCGUGGGAAAGGUACUGUGGGCGAGUACCGCGGCGCCCAUGCAUGGCGGUUUCUGAGGCGCUCUGUGCAGAGCUUGAGUGACAGGUUCAUGCUGUUAUAUCCGCUUUAGGACAUUGUUCUUCCCCGAGGUCCCACACCGCCUGCCUCCGUGCAUGAAUGAAGAACAUUUGUGGCUCGUAAUAUAUUUUUUCCCCUAAGGUACCUUAUAUUGAAAUGCAGUUGCUUCGCUCGCACAGUAACAGAACAACCUGUACUUAAUGAAAACGCCUUUAUUAAGUAUUUUUAACCUAGUCGUACCUACACCACAAGCAGACUCUGUGCGUAUAGCCUGGCAAGGUUUACAGCCUGGGGCUACUUGCAACUGUGGGAUAAGUAGUCAUUUGUAACUACGAGGACAGACUGCUCCUGAUAAUACGGGCCGCGAUAAUAUGAUCUUUGGACUGUCUUCUACUACAAGAACAAUACUAUAUUACUUUAUGAAAUAAACUGACUUGGUUUGUUACGAUAUCAAACCAUUUUGUGAAGUAUGCUCUUAGAACACGCAACGUAUGAAGUCUACAGUACACGCAUCAAUAAAGUCGUAAGGAGCCUCUGUCAGAGCCUCUCCGACGAAAUAAGGCCACGAGUAACCACUUCUCGGGUUCAUCGAUUUAUCAGCCGUACUACCACAACUCAGCGUGCCUUGUUCAAAAUCCCAAGAAUCGGUGCUAGCACGGAGCUACGCGAGCAGAAUCGUCGUUUGAGGACACACCAGCUGUACAUCACCUCCCAGACGCUCCCACCUGCGGUCCGCUAAUUGUAGGGCCGAAACUUUAUGACGGAGGAGCAGGUUCUUCGCGCCGACGGUCCUGCUCUGGCGACGGAUGGCGGGCGGGCGAAGGGGGAUCACGGUGCUGCCCCCGAGAGGCGCGGAAGCGAGAACUUCGUUGGAUCUCUCUCUCUCUUUCCUCUAUUCCUCUUGCUCUUUCGUUUCCUUUUCCUCUUUCUCUCUCUCACUCUCCUUAUCUCUCUAUCUCUCUCUGUAUCUGUCGGUCUGCAUAUGAACGGAUCUUCACAAAGUUGACAGGGAAUAUGAUACAUAUCCAAAUCACCUUUUUAAUUUUUCGGGUAUACGCUUUAACGAACUCUGUUUCUCAAAUGAUAGCUUUCCGUGACAUGACGAGAGUUUAUCACUCAGCUUUAUCUCUUUUAUAUUGAUUCUUAAUGAUAAAGAAACACAGAAAUAUAGAUUACUGUUCUCCAGCUGUCACGGUGGCUUUUCGAAUUCUGAUAAACAUUACUGGAAUAUAAAGCUUGUUAUAAAUGUAUGCAUAGAGAGUUGUUGAACUUUUUUUCUAAUUGCUACAUGUGUGUUGCUUUUAUUUGUAAACCGAAAGGAAAUGUUUUGAUGUAUCAUGUAUUUGCUAUACCAUAAACCAUUUUGUAAAUUUACCUUAUUUGAUAUGCCGGUAAAUAGAAUGGUAUUGACAGUAUUACUGGGUCCUACAUUUUUAACUGUAUUUUGAAGUAGUUGUGUUAUUAUUAUUAUUUACUAUUAUUAUUAUUAUUAUUAUUAUUUGUAUUUGUAUUUGUAUUUGAGGUUUACAUGUAAUCAAUUAUCCUUUGUUAAAAUGCUCUACUCUCACGCACUACGACUCUCGUUCUUUCGUGAGUCCCUCCCUCCCCCUCUCUCUCUCUCGACGCCUCCCUCCCUCCCUCCCACCCACUCCCACGCCCUCACCCACGCCCAAACCUCUCCUCUUCCGCCCGACAGUUCUCACAAUUAUCCGUCUGGGCACUCCCCCCCCCCUCCUCCCUACUCCCUUAACCCCCCUUGCCUCCUCCUCGUAAUACCUCCCCAUCCCACCCCUCCCCACCCCCACGUGACCCCUCGGCGACCUGUGACCCCGACCUGUCUCCUUGCCUCGGAUUAACCCCCUUACCCCCCCCCA